CUAGGCGUCACUACUUUGGCCGCGUGAUUCUCCUACACUCUCCCGCCUGUACAUUAUGAUCGAGCCCAUUGCUAGUACUACUCACGCAGUUCCAACUUUUAUUUCGUCUCGUUCUGCCGAUGUUAUCCUGUCCGACAUUCGUCCUACUAAAUUAACUCCCGACGCUCUCAACUCCAUCAAUGCCCUACUAGACGAGUUACUCUAUAGCAUACUUAAUGCAGCUCGGUCGUUCAACCCUUCCCGACUGAGGACCGCAAUGCACAAAGUUCUACCAACCACCCUGGGCAAGGAAGCUAUACUUGAGGCUGAGAUGGAACUUAGAGCGUACUAUCAGCGUACAGUUACCGCUGUGGGUUCGGGCUCGUCGAGCGAGGAUGGCGUUUUCAAUCUGCAGUGGGCAUCUGAGCUUUUAAGACUUAAAUGCGAAGCAUAUUCGACUUUAAGCGACACAGACGAGAAUUCAGACGCCGAAAGUCACCUCAAGGAACGUAUGCUUGCAGAUGGUGUCCCUCCUCCCAAGCAGGAAGUCCUUUCACCAGCCUCACUCUAUCUAACUGCCGUCAUCGAGUCCAUAUGCGAGCACAUUCUGUCAAACGUGGGACGUGUCGCAUCACGAGAUAGUAGCCGAGCAACAGCUAACUCUCAAGAUUUAUUCAUCGCACUUUGCGAAGACAGUACGAUAUAUGGUUUUUUCAAGAACAUGAAGGUCUACGGACAAAUUGAGACAUUGUCAAAAUUGCCGAAACCGAGACGGAGUAAAUCUUUCACCCGAGAAAAGUUGUCGGGUGCGACGUCUUCGGCGUCCUCUCGCGAGGGUGAUGUAUCCCGAAAGGAGAGCUCACGCCAUCGCAUGUCAUCAGAAUCGUCUAAUAUCGGACCCGCCAUGGUUGCGGGCUCCAAUCAUCACUCUGCGAGAUCAUCUAUCGACAAGGCACGCGCGAUUAAAAUAUUUAGUGGCAACAGCAAUAGAGGAUCAAAUGACCAUCCAAAUGGAACUGACUCUGUAGUUGGUCAUAGGAAGACAGAUUCGUUAGUGAGCGCGAAUGCGAAACAAUCCUUCCAUAGUGGGGACAGGUCUCCCAUUUCGCCGACAUUUUCCGAGGAUCGAUCACAAGAAUUCGAUGACAUGAUGCGAUCAGGGUCAACCAUGAAGGUUUCGCUCACCCCGGAUAGGCUGCGGACGAUGGAGGCUCUUAACAAAGAGAAGGCACGCUUCAACGGUAGGAAAACCUCCCUCCAAUCAUCCCACAAGGACUCUAUCUCGUCCGAAGUAUUACUAGCGCCCACUGCGCCCGACCAACCAAAGCGGACGACGAGACCAUCCUUGCAGCACGUUGAUUCUAUUCACGAGGACGACGAAAUACAGCCCAUAGCGAAACCCCCUCCAACGUCACGCCCUCGACAGCUCAGUGCCGCUACUGCUUCAGGAUAUAGUCCACCCUCUUCCACUCGCGCUCGCUCUGCCUCUUCCGCUGAUCCCAUGGUGCUAAAGCCUACCACAUUCCCACUGCCAAGGCCGCCGCAUUCGAGCCUUGGUUCGUCCCUGAAGCCACCGAAGCCGACACCAAGCAAGGUACAGCAGAGGCAAACAAAGCCCGUCCCUCAUGGAUUGGACGUCAACCAGUCACGACCUCCUCGUACUCGUACCGUCGCGAGAAACCGAGAGUCACUUGAUCUUGAUGAUAUCAUGGGUGGUUCGGAUGAUGAGGAUGAGGCAGAGAAGCUGAAGAGUGCGCCAUGCUAUAAUCCGCAGAGAGGUAUAUCGGCAAGCGCUAGAGAGCUGAUUGACUUUCUCGCCGAGGGCCCACCAGAACCUCCCGCGACUUCCCCAACCAAUAUCAAUUCGGGGUCUUUUUUGACCCCCAAAAAGACUGGUCGCCUGCAGCGCAUGAUCUCUAAGAUCACCCUCAACGGCAACGAGAAGGUUCGUUCCGACAAUGAAUCUGGCAAAAGCUCUCCCCGGAGGGCAGACGCUCCUACCCCUCUUCUACCCAACAAGUCCCUGACAAAUCUCAGCUCCCUCGCGAACAGACCCGUUCCGCCUCGAUAUCCCACCGACUUGCCCUCCGCUACAUCAUCAGAGUCUCGCACCUCUGUUGAUAAUGCACUCUCAGAUCAUCGGGUUCGGAAACAGUCUCUUUCACGCAAGCCGGUGCCCCCAUUCGAUCCUAAAACAACCUCACCAGAUUCUCUUGUUCCUACGUUGGCUCCCGGCAUGCCUGUGGCGGAUGUUAGUUCCCCUGCACCUCCCGUGCCCACCAGUUUUACAGUCCCAACCACUUCCAAACGUGUAUUUGAACAUGAUUCCGUCAGCAAACGUGGUUCUGGCGAUAGUUCAUCGGCCGUAGCACGCGUGGAAGCCCCUGCUCGUUCGAGCUCAGAGUCAAAAGCGCCUACCGUGCAAGCGCCAGAACGUUCCUCUUCCAGAGUUGUCCUCUCACACCUUGCCAAACGUCCAGCGCAAUUAUCCCCCACUACAUCUUCACCUUCCAUCCCGGCAUCUGUCAUCGAUCAUGCUCAUGAAAUGCGGCGAACGCUAUCGCAUGCAACGAGCGCAACCGAAUGUCGUCUGCUCAUAGAUAUCUUCUUGGCUCGGGCUGGUUUGGUGGCUGAUUCGUCGGAGCUUCAAGUUCUAGUCCCCGCCCCGCUUACCCCUGAAUCUGCUGCGAAGGAGUCUCAGAUGGAGCACGCCAUUGUUGAACUAUUACUGGGUGGCGAUGAAGAGUCUUCAGACCCGCCAGUCCAGUCUGAACUAUCUGAACCAUGAUCCAUGCAAGCCUCACCCGUUUUACGAUUCGAAGCUACUAUGGAUACAGCCUAAUGAUACCCAGCUCUCUUCACUCGAUCUUCCAUAUAGAUCUAACAACUACUCAUUUCUAUUGACCCUCAUUCUCGCUAUU